UUGUUUUUAUCUAAAAUUAUCAUAAAGUUAAGAAUACAGAGACCAAAAGGGGUGGGUUACCAACCUCAUCCCUAAACAAAAACUCCAGGAUAAACAAAAUCUCUGAUUGCUCUCUAGUAUCACUUUGAGCAAUGAAGGAUGCUCUUCUAUUAGGAAUUACCAAUAUAUAGGUGAGCAAUGAUUUAAAUAAGGAAGAAAAGGGUUUUAAACAUAAUUUAUUUUGUCACACGUCACAAGUGAUUGUUAGUGCGGGAAAACGGCGUCGUACGAAGGAUGGUUGACAAAAACAGAGAGUGUCCCUUUUCCUUGGGAAGGAAAGGAUGGAGGAGGAAUGUGGAGGAGAUAUAGUGAUGUCGACGUUGAUGGAAUCUGGGGUUUCGAUCCCUGGAGAUUUCUCCUCUGUGUCUCAGUUUACAUCGGAGGCUCUGACGUCGAUCUGCGCUCAGCUGCUUAAUCUGAUCGACCCAUCGGCGGCGGCGGCGAGUGAGAUGAAACCAGUAGUAGUAGUAGAUUCUCUUCCGGAAAGGUAUAUGAUGAUAUGCACCGAUAUAGCCCACUCCGUGAAGAACCUUGGCUACAUGGGCGACAUUAGUUAUCAUAAGUUUCUUCAUCCCUCUCAAGAUGACUCCUUUAGGUUGCUUACUUUCUUACUUGAGAGGCUUUCCAAUAAAAAGCAGCAAGGUCUCGAAGCUUCUCCUCUUCCUCCUGGUGGUGAUAUAGCUAGCAUGCCAAAGGUGGACGACACUUUCAGAGAUACUUCAGAUGAGACUUUUGAUAUGCAUUUACACAAGGUUGAAGCUGUCCUGAAAGAUCUUACCAUGACUAGCGAAAUCCCUCAGCCACCCAACUCUCAUGCUCAAAAUGCUUCAGCAGAUGGUUCUACCGCUGCUGAAUUCUUCUCACUGAGACAGUCAUCUGGAUAUGAACAACCUUCUUCUGUAGACCCGUCUGAGUCAGAGCAGCCAAAUUAUGAGACUGUUGAGUUACAGAACCAACAUAAUGUGCUCUUGGAGGAACUUGAAUCUGGAUCUUCAGAGCUAAGCAGUCUUGACAGUGAGUUGGAGUUGUUGAAUUUGGCUGCGGGGAUGCUGUUAUUGGAUGAAAAACAGCCUGGUGGGUUAUAUCAACAAGUAGCGGUCAAAAGGUGCAAUAUCAUGGAUCUGAAAAAACAAUGGGACGAUGUAAGGCUGACUUUGGAAGCUAAAAAGCUAUGUCUUUUGGACCAACUUCAUGUGGAGGAGGAGCCAGAGGCUAAAGACAAGUUCCAUAAGUUGAAAACGACUGAACUUGAUUUACAGUCUCUCUCAUCAGAAAUUCAAAAGAGGGAAGAGGAACGAUGUAAACUACAAACUGAACUUGAGAGGCAGCCAAAAGCAGCGCCACGGAAGUCUUAUAUCCAUGGGAUUAAAGAAAUAACGAAAAACAGCCGCAAACUGGAUAGUGACAUUCAGAGGAUUUCAGGGGAGACUAGGGAGCUACAAUUAGAGAGUAACUCCAUCCGAGAACGUUUGCACCGAUCAUAUGCUGUUGUGGAUGAGAUGGUUACAAGGGAGCUGAAGAAGGAUCCAGCCAUGCGACAGGUCUACAAGCUAGUGACGAGUAUCCACGGUAUUUUUGAGCAAAUCUCUGAAAAGAUCCUCAUGACUGAUCGGUUAAGAAGAGAAGCAGUUGACUAUGAGAAGAAGCUGGGUUCCAUCACAAGCCGGGGCAUGAGUCUGGAGAAAUUACAAGCCGACCUCGAUGCCAUCAGGCAAGAGAACCAAAGUCUUGAGAAACAACUGAAUUAAUGUGGUUUAUACUUCACUAUGAGGUUUGUAGAGUAUUCGAGGUUUAACAAAGAGCCAUCUGCUAGGGUGCUUUCAGGUUUUGAGUGUAUGUGUUUCAUAGAGAAUGAGUAAAAAGAUUUCUGAAUGCUAAAGAAAGACCAAAAGGUUAUUCAGCCAAGUCAUAUCUGAUAUAUGUUUGUAAGAGAAUACAAACUAAAGAAGAGACAUCAUCAGUUUCUAAUAACUAUUCCAUUGGGAUCAUCUUCCCAAACCUUCUUUA